GAGCUGAGCUGUGCGUAGUACCUCCCUAACGGCUGGCUGCAUCAUGGCUGUUCCAACACCAGCUUCUCUACGCGACCUCUACGUUCCACCAUCCAACGCCUGGUCAUUCAUCCCGCCCGCAUUGCAGGAGAACGCCUCCUCCGCCGCUAUGAACUCCUCCGCCCCCGGGCCUUCGUCGGGAAAAUGGUCUAGGCCAGCACCAAACCCGCUGUUCGAGCUCUCCUCGUCUUUCGCGGGCGAUGACUCGGGACUGGACAUCACAUCUCUCGCCAAGGAGUUCCUUGCGGCCGCGCUCUUGCAAUACGCCACGAACGCGAUCGCGCAACCGUGGGAGGUUGGCAAGACUCUCCUUCAAGUUCAAUGGGUUCCGCGCGAGCCCGAGCCUCGUGAAGGGCACCCUCUUGACGGCGCGGACGGUGUGGACGAUGAGGCAGAGCUUAGUGACUCGUCAAACGAGAACGAGUCGUACUUUGCGGACCCGACGACGGCGAAGCCCCCAAAGCCGCCCCGUCCGGCGGACGAGCACGGGUACAUCAUCCGGCAGUCGCUCCUCGAGGAGGGUACCCAGCCCGAAUACGUCAUCCCUGUCGGAAGCGCGGACGGGACGUGGGGGAUGAUGAAGCGGAUAGGCGGCUUCAGGUCGGAAGGUUGGCUCGCGCUGUGGAAAGGUCUAUUGACCACCGCAGUGCAGAAUGCCCUAACGUCCGCUCUCCAGCCCGUGAUCUACUCUCUCUUGCAGACCAUAUUUUCCCCACUCUCUCCGUCCCUCUCAUCGCCACUCGGACCUGGUCUGAGCACAACGUCCGUGCUCCUUCCGGUCGCCUCGCAAGUCCUCGCCGGGUUCUUUCUCUCUCCCCUUGACCUGGUCCGGACGCGUCUCAUCGUGCAAUCUUCUGUGCCUCGACACCGGUCCUACUCAGGACCGAUCGACGCGCUCCGACAGAUCCUUGCGCAGGAAGGCGGCGUUCGUGGCGUGUAUCUACAUCCACAUCUGCUCGUGCCCACACUUCUGGACUGCACGCUCCGCGCACUCGUGCCACUCACGCUUCCGGGACUGGUUGCCGCAAACGUCGGGCUCGGGGCGCAUAUUGCGCCCGAGACGCAUCCCGUGCAGUGGAACAUCGCGGAGCUGCUCGGCGGCAUUGCCGGCUCACUCGUCCUCCUUCCCUUCGAGACCGUACGUCACCGGCUGCAAGUGCAGACGCGUGGAAGCGCGCGCCCACUGAAGGCGUGCGUCGAGAUCCGACCUGCGCCGUACAAUGGGAUGGUGGAUGCGUUCUGGCACAUCCUCACUGAAGAGCGUUCGGACUUGCCGCUGAAGACGCACCGGCGGAGACGGCGACGUAGCUCGACUGCGAAGGGCAAGGAUAGGGAAGGCGCGGUGCAAGAGGAUGUCCCGGAGGAGAGCGAGAGCUGGCUAAGGCAUAGCGGUAUCGGGCAGCUUUACCGCGGUCUAGGUAUGCGCGUCGGAGCGAGCGUUCUGGUGUUUGUGCUCGCGCUGGUUGGGAGCCCGGAUGAGGGCGAUGGCGGCUGGGCGGAGUUAUGAUCUUUUCCUGGCUCUAUCAUCCGUAGUUGGAGUGUAUUCUUUGCUAAUUACAUCCCUGUUCAAAC